GGAUCGCGCAGACGAGGUCGAAGCCUUGAUGCCUCGAUCCCGAAAACCAACAGUCAACUUCCUUCUGCCCUGGACCAGCCCGAGGACCCCACGGCCAGUAUCGACCAGCGAUGUGCCGCGCUGUUUGGUGCCCCGCCUCCUCUCGAGAAGGAGCAGCCUGCUGCCUCAAGACGUGGCCGCAGCACGGAUGACUUAUUUCGUGAUGCGAGGCAGCCGCCAUGGGAUAUGGCUCUCCAACCCCCGGCGCCACUUCCCCAGGACCUCUGGCAGUUGCAGCCGAUGCAGGAUAUCCCGCUUUUCCAGCAGGUGCAGGAGCUGCAGCUUCAGCCCCUGGAGGUGCCUCCCGUGGUGCCGCCGGAGGUUCAGGCCAAGAGCGACGGUUCCUACCAGCGUUUCAUGGCGGAUGGCGACAACCUACUGGCUUGGGACAUGCCGGGGCAGGCAUACCUCAAGUACUGCGAGGCCAACAGCAAGCACGAUGAUCUCUGUGGCCAAAAGUCAGGUGACGCCUACCGCGGCAUGGCUCGCAGCCUCUCCGUGGGUGCAGGCUUCCAGGGACUUGUCACCGGUCUGCCCAAUACCAAGGAGGAGCGGCUAGAUCUUGGUAUGAACAUGUUGGAGCUGGCCGUGGAGGUGGGCUCCACGAAACUGGGUGAUGCUCGAAGUGAUCCAAAGCUGGGGCAGCUGCGGCAGUUCCGAGCAGCGCGGUUUUCAGCACUGAUGGAGCAAGUCCCAGCAACGGGCCUUGAUGCUCUGGCAGUGACAGCAAAUGCAGGAGUCGCAGCUAUGGCAGCCGUUGCAGGCAUUCAGCCAGUCUCGCUAGUUCCGACGAUGCCGGUGCCCUUUGCGCCUUCUCUGCCCGAGCCAGCACCAACAACGGUGUUACAAGAUCCGUCCCAGGUUGCGACCUUGGUUAAGGUGCCGGAGCCUCCACGGGAGGUCGCCUUGGUCCGCGAGGUCCCAGCGCGGCAGGCGCAGGAGGAGUCGGACGAUGAGGAGGAGGAGGCUGACGAGGAUGAAGAUGAGGGUGAUGAUGACGAAGAUGAGGAUAGCGAAGGGGAAGGUGAGAAGCCUGAGGAAGAAGCGGAUAGCGAGGAUGAGGCUUCUGAUUCUGAAGCGUCCCAGGCCAACGAUGAGGAG